AUGACUAUGAUGACUCCUCCGCCGCUGGAUCAAGAAGACGAGGAGAUGCUAGUGCCGCAUUCAGAUUUAGUCGAAGGUCCUCAGCCAAUGGAAGUGGCAACAGUGGAGCCUGCUGCUAAUACAGUGGAGAAUCAGCCAGUGGAGGAACCUCCUCCGUCACUCAAAUUCACGUGGACAAUUGAGAAUUUCACAAGGUUGAACACGAAGAAACACUAUUCUGAUACAUUCGUUGUUGGCGGUUACAAAUGGCGGAUUCUCGUCUUUCCCAAGGGAAAUAAUGUCGACCACCUGUCGAUGUAUUUGGAUGUUGCAGAUUCUUCUACAUUGCCCUAUGGCUGGAGUCGCUAUGCACAAUUCAGCUUGGCUGUGGUGAAUCAAAUUCACAACAAGUACUCAAUCAGAAAAGAUACUCAACACCAGUUCAAUGGAAGGGAGAGUGACUGGGGUUUCACAUCAUUUAUGCCCCUCAGUGAUCUUUAUGAUCCUAGUAGGGGAUAUCUUGUGAAUGAUACUGUACUUAUUGAAGCUGAAGUUGUUGUUCGGAAGGUUCUGGAUUAUUGGUCUUAUGACUCUAAGAAAGAAACAGGUUAUGUAGGUCUAAAGAAUCAGGGAGCAACGUGUUACAUGAACUCCCUUCUACAAACCUUGUACCAUAUUCCAUACUUUAGAAAGGCUGUAUACCACAUGCCAACAACUGAGAAUGACAUGCCUACCGGAAGCAUUCCUUUGGCUCUGCAGAGUCUGUUCUAUAAGCUUCAAUAUAAUGAUACCAGUGUUGCAACCAAGGAAUUGACAAAAUCAUUUGGAUGGGAUACUUAUGAUUCUUUCAUGCAGCAUGAUGUCCAAGAACUCAAUAGAGUAUUAUGUGAGAAGUUGGAAGAUAAAAUGAAGGGAACUGUCGUGGAGGGCACAAUCCAGAAGCUAUUUGAGGGUCACCAUAUGAACUACAUUGAGUGCGUGAAUGUGGACUACAAAUCUACAAGGAAGGAGUCCUUUUAUGAUCUGCAGCUUGAUGUAAAAGGCUGCAAGGAUGUUUAUGCAUCUUUUGACAAGUAUGUGGAAGUUGAACAACUUGAGGGUGACAACAAGUACCAUGCUGAAGAACAUGGUCUACAGGAUGCAAAGAAAGGUGUCCUAUUUGUUGACUUCCCGCCUGUUCUUCAACUGCAACUAAAACGCUUUGAGUAUGAUUUUUUGCGGGACACCAUGGUAAAGAUCAAUGAUCGGUAUGAAUUUCCUCUUCAACUUGAUCUUGAUAGAGAAGAUGGCAAAUAUUUGUCGCCAGAUGCUGACAGGAGUGUUCGUAAUCUGUACACUCUUCAUAGUGUAUUGGUUCAUAGUGGAGGGGUGCAUGGAGGGCAUUAUUAUGCUUUUAUCAGACCUACUCUAUCAGAUCAAUGGUACAAAUUUGAUGAUGAACGUGUGACAAAAGAAGACAUGAAGAGAGCACUAGAAGAACAGUAUGGUGGCGAGGAAGAGCUGCCACAGACCAAUCCAGGAUUCAAUAACGCGCCUUUUAAGUUCACAAAAUACUCAAAUGCGUAUAUGCUUGUCUAUAUACGUGAAAGUGACAGAGACAAGAUUAUCUGCAAUGUGGAUGAAAAGGACAUUGCGGAGCACUUGAGAAUAAGAUUGAAGAAAGAGCAAGAAGAAAAGGAAGACAAGAAAAGAUAUAAAGCACAGGCUCACCUCUAUACCAUCAUAAAGGUUGCCAGAGAUGAGGAUCUCAAAGAGCAGAUUGGUAGAGACCUAUAUUUUGACCUUGUGGACCAUGAUAAAGUUCGUAGUUUCCGCAUACAGAAACAGACACCAUUCAGCUUGUUUAAGGAGGAAGUUGCCAAGGAAUUUGGUAUACCAGUACAAUUUCAGCGGUUCUGGAUAUGGGCAAAGCGUCAAAACCAUACAUACCGUCCCAAUCGGCCAUUUCUGUCACAAGAGGAAGGACAAUCGGUUGGACAGCUGAGGGAGGUGUCAAAUAAGACGCACAAUGCAGAACUAAAGUUGUUUCUGGAAGUAGAACUGGGGCUGGAUUUACGGCCAAUUGCUCCACCUGACAAAACCAAGGAAGACAUUCUUCUCUUCUUCAAGCUCUACGACCCUGAGAAAGGAGAAUUAAGAUAUGUAGGUAGGUUUUUUGUGAAGAGCACUAGUAAACCAAUAGAAAUUCUGGCAAAGCUCAAUCAAAUGGCUGGCUUUGCUCCUGAAGAAGAAAUUGAACUCUAUGAGGAAAUAAAAUUUGAGCCUUCAGUAAUGUGUGACCGCCUUGACAAGAGAACCUCAUUUCGGCUUAGUCAGAUUGAAGAUGGAGAUAUAAUCUGUUUCCAGAAAUCACUUGUUGAGAACGAGGAGGAAUUUCAAUAUCCGGAUGUGACUUCGUUUCUGGAAUAUGUUCACAAUCGGCAGGUAGUUCAUUUCCGAUCUCUGGAAAAACCGAAAGAGGAUGAUUUCUGCCUGGAAUUGUCAAAGUUACAUACUUAUGAUGAUGUUGUGGAGCGAGUGGCUCGCCAAAUUGGCUUGAAUGACCCCUCAAAAAUCAGAUUAACAUCUCACAACUGCUACUCUCAGCAGCCUAAACCUCAACCAAUUAAGUACAGAGGAGUUGAUCGCUUGUCAGAUAUGUUAGUCCACUAUAAUCAGACCUCUGAUAUCUUGUAUUACGAAGUUCUGGACAUUCCUCUUCCGGAAUUGCAAGGUUUAAAGAAUCUAAAAGUUGCUUUCCAUCAUGCUACUAAAGAGGAGGUUGUAAUCCAUAAUAUCAGAUUGCCUAAACAGAGUACGGUUGGUGAUGUAAUUAAUGAACUUAAAACUAAGGUCGAGUUGUCUCACCCAAAUGCAGAACUUAGGCUGAUUGAAGUUUUCUAUCACAAGAUAUACAAGACUUUUCCACCCAGUGAAAAAAUUGAGAACAUCAAUGAUCAAUACUGGACAUUGCGCGCAGAAGAGAUCCCGGAGGAUGAGAAAAAUAUUGGUCCACAGGAUCGGUUGAUUCAUGUCUAUCACUUCACAAGGGAUACUGCACAGAAUCAAAUGCAAAUACAGAAUUUUGGGGAACCAUUUUUCUUGGUCAUCCAUGAUGGGGAGACCUUAGCUGACAUUAAAGUGCGCAUACAAAAGAAGUUGCAAGUUUCUGAUGAAGACUUUGCCAAGUGGAAAUUUGCUUUCCUAUCUCUGGGUCGCCCAGAAUAUUUGAACGAUGCAGAUGUUUUAUUCGCCCGGUUUCAGAGGAGAGAUGUUUAUGGUGCGUGGGAGCAGUACCUUGGACUAGAGCAUCCGGAUACCACACCAAAGAGGCCUCAUACGGCAAAUCAGAACCGUCACACAUACGAGAAGCCAGUUAAAAUCUACAAUUAG